UACAACAUUCGAAGUGGCCUAGAGCGAAUAAGGAGAUAUGUGGUUCCUCACAAACGAGUAAACUUCGUUUUCUUAUUUGAUGGCCCAAUUAGCUAUAUCACAACAUCGCAAGGUAUUUCGUUAAGCAGAGAAAGUAACGGGUUAUCGAUUUAUUGGCCAAGUGCAACAGAACACCGUAAAAGCGAACAAUGGUUUUAUGCUUCUGGAAAUAUGCAGAAAACCCCGCUCAAACUUCGUGUUAAACAUGCCGUCAGCAAUCUUAAGUCCGUUGUUAAAGACCUCGUCUUUGAACCUUCGAAUUCAACUCUUGACAAUCCCAAUUACUCCCAUAUUCAACGAAUUUUCUUCCAACCAGCUUACGAGCGUGCAUUUAAACAAACCUCGAUUUCGGGAACAGCAACACCACCACUUUACGUCAUCAUAGUACCUGUCAUAUACCUCCUCCUAUUUCUCGACGAUUUACUCCUAUAG